AUGGAAAUUGAGUUUAGCAUAAAUGGGAAGGUUUAUCGUGCAAACCCACACAGUGUUCCAGUUGACACUUCCCUGAGUACUUUCAUCCGAGACCAGGCCCAUCUGAAAGGGACAAAAUUUAUGUGCCUGGAAGGCGGCUGCGGAUCAUGCGUUGUCAACUUAACCGAGAUUCAUCCGGUCUCGAAGGAACCAAUAACAAAAGCCGUAAAUUCGUGUCUAACGCCAGUGUAUUCCUGCCACGGACGGGACGUAUUGACUGUGGAGGGAAUCGGCAACAAACAAUCUGGGCAUCACCCGGUCCAAAAACGACUUGCUGAAUUCAACGGUUCACAGUGUGGGUACUGUUCCGCUGGCAUGGUUAUGAACAUGUAUAGUCUGCUGGAGGCAAACGAUUCGUCGGUAACAAUGCGAGAGGUCGAGGACGCCUUCGAUGGCAACAUCUGUCGCUGUACUGGAUAUCGACCGAUUAUGGAUGCGUUCAAAUCGUUCGCGACUGAUACUUCGGAGAAGAUCAUCAACAUGUGUGGUGAUAUAGAAGAUCUUGCUUCGCACUGUUCCCGCAAGGAUUGUAACAUCAUGUGCUCCAAAGCAAGUCCUAAGAGAGCUGUUCACACAAUUUGUGCAGACGGAAGAGAGUGGCACACAGUAUAUAGUGUUACCGAUAUUUUUGAUAUUUUCGAGAAAAUCGGUGAUAGGCCAUACAUGCUUGUUGGAGGUAACACUGCUCACGGUGUCUAUCGACGACCGGAUGAUUUGGAAGUUUUCAUCGAUGUCAACUCGGUAGAGGAGUUACACCGGCGCACAAUUGGACUAGAUUUAAUUGUCGGAGCGAAUACAACUCUACACGAUUUCGUUUCAAUAAUGAACGAAGCAACAAUUGGGAACCACAGAUUUCAGUACUUCAAGAGACUAGUGGAUCAUGUGCUCCGAGUUGCUAACACUCCAGUAAGAAACGCUGGUACGAUUGCCGGAAACCUUAUGAUCAAACAUCAGCAUCCUGAGUUUCCUUCCGAUAUUUUUCUUCUCUUGGAAACCGUUGGAGCCACUUUAACCAUCGCAACCGAUGGACUAUCGCUGCAUGUGACACCUUUGGAUUUUCUCAAAGUGGAUAUGGCCAAGAAGCUUUUAACAAUUGUCACAAUUCCCUCGUUAGAUCCAGCUCAAUACAUGUUCCGGUCAUUCAAAGUAAUGCCUGUGGCACAAAACUCCCGGGCCUAUGUAAACGCUGCGUUCCUGGUCAAAUUCUGCCGUACAGGAAAGACCACUGAACUCGCCAGAGUUUGCUUCGGUGGAAUCAACCCUUCGUUUGUCCACGCGUACAAAACUGAAGAUUUUCUCCUUGGACGACCACUGUUCACCAACGAAACCCUCCAGGAAGCGCUCAAAAUAUUAUCCACCGAACUGAGACCCGACUGGGUUCUUCCCGAUGCUUCUCCAAAGUAUCGUAAAAAUUUGGCACUGUCGUUGUUCUACAAGUUCCUUCUGAGUACGACUCCCGAAAGUACCGAGUAUCUCAAUCCCAGAUUCCGCAGUGGUGGCACAACAUCGAAGCGUCCCGUUUCGUCGGGAAAACAAAGCUACGAUACGUACCCGAACAAGUGGCCACUUACACAGUACGUCCCUAAGAUUGAAGGUUUGGCGCAAUCAUCCGGUGAGGCAGAAUAUAUUGGUGAUAUACCAGAGAGACCGAACGAAUUGCAUGCUGCAUUUGUGCUGGCAACAGAAAUUCAGUCUAGGAUCAGCAAAAUUGAUGCCACUGAAGCUUUGAAACUUCCUGGAGUUGUUGCGUUCUAUUCGGCGAAGAACAUUCCAGGCAUCAAUAACUUCAUGCCAUUGGAGAUGGGAGCUCCGGAAGUGGAUGAAAUCUUCUGCAGUGGUGUGGUUGCAUUCCAUGGACAACCGGUUGGAGUGGUUGUUGCCAAGACCUUUGAACUUGCUAACCGAGCGGCUGCACUUGUUGAGAUUUCCUAUGAGAAGAUCGUAAACCAUCCGGUCUAUGUAACUGUUGAAGAUGUUAUCGAAGGUCGUGCCUACAAUCGCGUUUUCAAUCAACACUUCGAUCGUCAUGGAGCAAAAUUUCUCAGUGCCUCAGAGGGACCAAUCAAAAUAAAUGGCCAGCUCGAUCUCAAGGGCCAAUACCAUUAUACCAUGGAGACCCAAACAUGCUUCUGCAUUCCUGUGGAAGACGGUCUGGACAUCUAUUCCUCAACUCAGUUUAUAGACAACGUUAUGAUCGCGGUCUCCCAGGCACUGAACGUCCCGGAAAACAGUCUCAAUAUUAGCGUGCGACGCUUGGGAGGUGCAUACGGAGCGAAAAUUUCACGUGCAAGCCAGAUUGCUUGCGCGUGUGCUUUGGCUGCCCAAUUGACUCAAUGUCCGGUUCGAAUGGUUCUGAAGAUGGAGACAAACAUGUCGGCCGUGGGCAAACGUGGUGGUUCUCACAGCGAGUACGAGGUUGACGUAGACAGCAGUGGAAAAAUAAACAGAUUGAACCACACGUACACCCAGGAUAGUGGUGUGACACUGAACGAGGGUUUCGCUUUUUUGACUGUUGAGUUGUUCAAAAAUUGUUACAGGACUGACCGGUGGAACUUAGUGGGCAAUAUCGCACGCACGGAUGUACCUUCAAACACCUGGUGUCGCGCUCCAGGCUCAUCGGAAGGCAUGGCAAUGAUAGAGAAUAUCAUGGAACACAUUGCACAUGUGGUCGAAAAAGAUCCGUUGGAAGUUCGCAUGUUGAAUAUUUCGAAGGAAAACAAAAUGUAUAACCUGUUGCCAAGGUUUAGAGCGGAUGUAGAUUUCGACGAUCGCAAGCAAGCGAUCGAUAUGUUCAACUUGCAAAAUCGAUGGCAUAAGCGGGGCAUCGCAAUCAUCCCGAUGGAGUACGAUAUGGAGUACUCGCAAACGCUGAAUGCAUUGGUUUCGAUUUAUCACCUGGAUGGAUCGGUAGCGAUUACCCACGGGGCAAUAGAAAUGGGACAGGGUGUGAACACCAAGGUGGUACAGGUAGCGGCGCAUAUUCUUGGCAUCCCUCUGAAUAAGAUCGCAGUGAAACCGAGUACUGGAUUGACUUCACCCAAUUGUGGACCCUCGGUGCAUAGCAGGGCGAGUGAAACAGCUGCUUUCGCUGUGAAAAAGAGCUGCGAGAUAUUAAUGGAACGCCUCCGACCCAUUCAGCAAGCGAAUCCCCAAGCACCGUGGGAACAAAUUGUGGCCCAAGCAUUCGUAGCGAACGUAGAUCUAUCCGCUACCUAUCACUACCAGCCGAGCGAUCUCCAAGCGUACGUCAUCUGGGGCUUGGCUUGUGCGGAAAUUGAAGUCGACAUCCUCACCGGCAACAUUCAGAUCCCACGGGUGGACAUCCUCGAAGAUGUCGGCGAAAGCAUGAGCCCUGGAAUUGAUGUUGGCCAGGUGGAAGGUGCCUUCAUCAUGGGACUCGGGUACUAUCUUACGGAAGCACUGGUGUACGAGCCCUCCAAUGGGGCACUUCUUACAACUCGCUCGUGGAACUACAAGGUGCCUGGUAACAAGGAUAUUCCCAUCGAUUUUCGGGUGGAGUUUCUGAGAAAAAGCUCGAACCCCUUCGGGGUGUUACGGUCCAAAGCGGUUGGCGAACCGGCUUUCAGUAUGAGUCCUGUGCUCACAUAUGCCCUGAGGUAUGCGCUGCGAUCGGCAAGAAAGGACGCUGGCUUGCCUGACGAUUGGAUUCCGAUAGGAAGUGCAACUACACCCGAAAAAAUCUUCUUGAUGGCCGGAAACUCACUUGAUCAAUAUAAGCUAAAUUAAAAAACCAUUCGAUUGUUCUGGAUUUCAUAUUCUACAUUGUUUGUUAAAAUUCAAAUAAUUUAAUUCACUAUGUACAAUAAAAUGUUCAUUUUCUACAUCAAG